CGGUCAGAUUAUUCAUAAGUUUAUGUAAUUAAAUAUUCUAUGUCCUUUUACUUUUGUAUGUUGAUGUUUUCGGUAUUCUCAUGGCAAGCAUAACAGAUCUACUUAAUUUCAGAUAGGAUUUAGAAAUUCACGCAAAAAUUUUCAGAGUUCGUGUUAGUAAAAUGAUGAAGCCCUUAAAAUCAGUUUUAAAUGUAUGUGUAGGAAUUGCUUUGUGUAUCGUAUUAUAUUAUGUUUUGUUGAACAGUUUUCAAAUAUUCCGAAUUAUGAUGUUUUCUGAAAUAAAUCAAAACCCCGAAUUUAAUGGAAGUGUGGACCAAUCGAGUGAUCGUUAUUGGAUGGAAUAUUACCAACAGAUAACCAAACAAAAUGGAAUCAAAGCAUUUACGCAUGCGCCUAUAACUAACGGAACUUGCCACGGAAAAUUUCACAGUAAUAUGAAUGAUAAUAUGCAAACCGUUUUGGACUAUCCGGUUGUAAACAAAAUGGCUUCACAAUUCAAAGAGAUGUUCGAAUUGUUUGGAGAACCGGUUGUCAGUGGUAACGAGACUUUACCUGUUAUUGUUACAGGUGCUUCGUCCAAUCAUUACCACGAAUCCCUUGCUAUGAUCAACACUUUCAAGGAGAAAAUUUCAUUACGAUACAAAGGGAUAAAGUUGAUUUAUUAUGAUCUCGGUUUAACGAGAUUUCAAAAACGGGAGUUACACAACUUUUGCAAUUGUGAAAUAAGGACUUUUCGUUUCAACAAAUAUCCUUCGUUCGUAAGGGAAUUGAGAAAUUUUUCUUGGAAAACUGUAAUUAUAUACACAGUCUUGAAAGAACACAAUUUUGUAAUGUGGGCCGAUACAUCGGUAAAAUUUACAGGUACGAAGGAAGCUUAUGACGUGUUUUUUCAACAAGUAAAACAAGUUGGCAUUCUUGUUAGAAAGAAUAACCGAAGUGAAACAGCUCGAACUUUUUACCGCACGAAAGAAGAAACAUUUAAAUAUCUAAAUGAACAAUCAUGUAUGUUCGAUUUCAAAAUAUUAGGAGCUGGAUUCAUAACAAUUUGGAAAACAUCAUUUACGUGGAAAUAUAUUAUACAACCUUGGCUAGCAUGUGCCUUGACAGAACAUUGUAUGUCUCAUUUCGACCCCGGGUUAAUCAUGUUUUGUGAUCCCAAAAAGGAAGUUUUAUAUCACUGUCACAGAUUCGAUCAGGCGGUUUUAAGUAUAAUUCUACAGAGACUGUUCAAUGUCAAUUAUGAUAUAGUGACCUUGAACCGUCUACCGGAAGUUCACCAACGUGAUAGAUCUCAACGUUAUUUCAUUAAAGAAGUCUAACCCUAAUAAUCCAGUCGUUAUAUUACGAUCAUUCCAUAAGUGGGUAGAGGGCACUAACUUAUUCUAGUUAUAAAGGUAUACAGAACAAGUGAGCUAGCUCUUUUAAAAAUCAACUGAACGUUUUAACGACCUGACAAAUUUAAAAAAUCAAACUUCUAUAUGAGAAAACAGCUAUAUAUCCAAUGAAAUAAUGUAAAUUGUGUGCUUCAAAUUUUUUGAAAGUUAUAUACUUUUGUCAACAGGUCUAAGUUAAUAUAUUGUCAACAUCGUGUGAAAAUUUAACCAGCAAAAUUUAUUCUAGUUAUUUUUGUAGCAAACCAUUUAAUGAACCUACUGUAAGGUAUGAAGAUGCAGCACACAUAAUUCGUAUCCGGUAAGGGAGAGCAUUCAUAUUUUUUUUAAAUAGUUCACCGCAUAACAUUCGUCACAACUCGGCCGAUUCCGUACCUAGCGAAUUCACCCGAUGAUUGCCGAUUGCACUACAUAGGUGAAAGUGUCAAAAUAUUAGUUCUAAUAUGAUAUAAAUAUAAUAAAAGUUAUAAAAUUGACUUAUCAUU